AUGGAAAGUAAUACGGAAGCAAUUGAAAACGAUUCGCGGCUGUACAAUCAAAACGAAUUGGGUUUAAACGGUACUGAAAACGAAAUCUCAUCUGCGUUGAUUCGAGAAAUGGGUGUUGGAUCCGCUAUAUUGGGGAGAUUUUAUCGAGCUCCGGAUGUACCGAAAAGGUACGCUGAGCCAACGAUUCUUGAUACGUCUCUGCCUUACAUUCCAAUAUACACGCAUUUAAAAAUGUACGAUUUGGAAUCCAUUGAAAGACCUAAGACGCCACCCAUUUUAAACGAUUUGCGAUUGAAAUUUUCUUACAGAGACGAUUAUGCGGUUCCUGAAUCCUGCAGAUCAUCUAAAGCAUCUCCUUCUACAGGACGAACAAGUAAAGGAAGAAGUUCUCUAACGCUAAAAUCGCGGGACAGCGAAAGAAUUACGUUGAAUGCUGCAGUGAAAAUGACUAUCAACAGUGCUGCAACACUGUCAUUAUAA